CGAUUCACCUGCUGCCCAAACGAGGCAUACAGCCGCGUGUUAAACUCUCUCUGUUUCUUUCUCCCCAUUUCUCUCUGGCUUUUUCGUAGCUCUUUUAUCCUGUUUUCUUCGUCCCUAUUCAGCGGAGAGUGGUGUCUUUUCCUCAAUUUCUAGGGGAGUUCGCCGUUUUUUUUUUUCAUUUUUUUUUCUGUCAAUUUAUCGGGAAAGUUUGUUAGGAUCUGUUGGACGGUUAUCGGGCAAGAGUGGUGAUUGGGAUCCUAAUGUUUUUGAUGAAUUGAUGACAAUCUUGGGUAUGUGCCGCCCGUUCCGAGACCCAUGGGAUCGAGUGUCGGAGAGAUGCUUUCGCUGCUUUCCCUGCCUCUCCGAUCCCGCUCGGAGAUCUUCGUUGGGGUUGAAGGUGGCUCUGGUGAUUCUGCAUCUCAUUUACGUGGGCGUUCUCUUUCUGUUUGAUAGCGACUUGAUAGAAAAAACAAAGAAGGAACCAUGGUACACUGCAAUAUAUUUGUUGCUGUUUGUUGCUACAGUGGCUCAAUAUUUCUUUACCUCAGGUUCUUCUCCAGGAUAUGUCCUUGAUGCAAUGAGGGCUGCUAAUGAGACAGAUGCUAUCUUUAGGAAGACAUCAACAACCUCAAAACAACCUGCUUCAAGCAAAAAUGGAAGCUAUGUCAUUACUGUGGAUGGAAGUCAGUCAGGAAAAAAUCCUUUGGGAAGUAAUGCAACUUCUUGGACAAAGCUGGUGAUGGACAUGUAUCCUCCUGGUUCAUCUGUUAGAUCUUGGACUUGCACAUAUUGUAAUGUUUUGCAGCCUCCACGAGCAAAGCAUUGCCAUGAUUGUGACAAAUGCGUUCUUCAGUUUGAUCAUCAUUGUGUUUGGCUUGGAACAUGCAUAGGCCAGGGCAACCAUUGUCGAUUUUGGUGGUACAUUUGUGAAGAGACAGCAUUAUGCCUCUGGACUGGCAUCUUGUAUAUCUCAUACUUGAAAGCUAACAUAUCAAGGGCUUGGUGGAUGGAUGCAAUUAUGAUAGUGCUGUUGGUUACCUUGUCAAUUUCCUUGAUUUUUCUGCUUCUCCUGUUACUUUUCCAUAGCUAUCUUGUUGCAACAAACCAAACUACUUAUGAGCUUGUAAGGCGUAGACGCAUUCCAUAUCUAAGAGGGAUUCCUGAAAGAGUGUAUCCUUUCAGUAAAGGAGUUUGCACAAAUCUGUACGAGUUCUGUUUUGCCCGCAGCAGCAUAUACAGGAUGGAACCACUUCCAUCUGCACAGGAACUUGAAAUUAAGUCAAGACCCUACACAUGCUUGGAUGUUUUAACCUGUCGAUGCUGCUGACAUUGUUAGCAUUGUUCCUUUUACAUGAUUUUUCAUUUUUUUGUUUUUUGCUUGCAAUUCUUCCCCACAAAUUGUUUCAGGUUUUUUGUAGAAGUAGAAGUAGAAGAUCUCCUUGCGGUGUGGGCUUACAGGGUUUGCCUUGCGAUGGUCUGUGGUCCUCUGGAUUUUUUGCCAUAUGAAAAAGGAGGAUUGUUUUGUGAGUUCUUGUUCUUAUGACUGAACCUUGAAAAUUUGUUACGAUCCUAUUGUUAUAUGUGGGUAUGGACAGCCUGUUUCAUUGUUUUUGUGAAACAAGUGCACCAACCAAUCAAAGAUUGACAUGUGAUGGGGAAAAAAAUUCUCUGAAUCAGUACAUUUCUGCAACAUUUCUUGAUC